CAGCGUCUAUGACCUCGACAAGAAGCGCCUUUUAAAAACAUUCGCCGCAAUGUUUCACCACUCAACCAAAGUAAACAGAGCUGAGCGCUCGCUUCGCUCGUCACAACCUGCACAUGAAGCGUCGAAGUGCCCUUUGCGAGCCGACCUUCCCGACCUGGCUCGUUGGGUUCCUCAAUCUUCGGAUCAAAUACAUUGUCCCCUGUUCUGCAUCGGUCCUCGAGCUGAGGAUGCACAUCACUCGCGCACGUCCAAAUGACCGACACACUCAUCAGGAGAGGUUAGGCAGUCAAGCACAGCUGAAUAUUGCGAGCUGCCAUCCCUCGCCCUCUUUCUCGCCAAGAGUCCAAGCAUACGCGCACAAUCUGUCACAAGGUCCCUCCUUUAUGGUCAUCAUCACGUCAGUCUUCCAAGGUCGAUGAAGACUUCGAAUAUCAGUACACCCCGCAUUCAUCAUGAUACCCACACCUCCCGUUGUGACUAGCCCCCGCGCUUUCUUUCUGAGGCUCGGCUCGGC